AUCUUGUUCCACCCGUGACGUCGCCCACUUACGCCCACCAAUCAGAGGCGCUCCCGAUGGUCCGAGUUUAUUCUAGAUUAUUUUGCAUGACGUGUAUUAUUCUACUUGGACCCCGCGUUUGUGUACAAUAAAGGUAUUCGAUAAGCGUACGUGGUGAAGAUAAGUAUUAUUCAGCAAUAACCAAAGUGAAAAACUGUCUCCAGUGUGUGUGUUCCAAAAUAAUCGCAUAGUUUCGUGUCCAAAUUAAACAGUUGAAAGUGGCAAACAUUAUGGCGCCGUCAAUACAGUCGUUUCUAAAUUCUUUCAGUAAUUCACUGGAACCUCCCGUGAGGCAGCACCUGAAGAAUGUCUACGCCUGUCUGGCCAUGUCCACAAUGGCCGCCGCCGUCGGGGCCUCCAUCCACCUCUUCACAAACAUCCUCCAGGCUGGGUUCCUCUCGGGCAUCGGCGCCCUGGUCUUCUUCGGUCUGUUGAUGGCCACCCCCGAUGACAACGGCAAAACUCUGAAAAUGCGCAUGGGCUACCUGUUGGGUUUCACCACGUUGACUGGCGUGGGCAUGGGGCCCCUGCUGGAGCACGUCAUCGCCGUGGACCCUAGCAUUGUCGUGACGGCCUUGGUGGGCACGGCCGUGGUAUUCGUGUGCUUCUCCGUCUGCUCGUUGCUGGCCGAGAGGGGCAAGUGGCUGUACUUGGGGGGCACCCUCAUGUCGUUACUCUCCACUUUGAUGAUCUUGUCGUUGGCUAACUUGUUCUUUGGAUCGUCCAUGCUGUUCCAAAUUCAGUUGUACCUGGGAUUGUUUGCCAUGUGUGGCUUCGUGUUGUAUGAUACACAGCUGAUCAUCGAAAAGAGGAGGAUGGGAAGCAAGGAUUUUGUCACUCAUUCGUUGGAUUUGUUCGUUGAUUUCAUUGGAAUUUUCCGCAGAGUACUUAUCAUCCUGACACAGAAGGAGCAGGAAUCGCAGAAGAAGCGAAGAAAUUGAAAACAAUUAAGUGAUUGACGAAUUUUUUGUUAAAUUAGGAAGUGAUAUGGUGUUGUGUAAUAUAUUUUUCCAAUUGUCAUAUAUGUUAUUUUCUUUGAUUAUUAUAUAAUGUAAAUUUAAGUUAAUCAAAUAAAUAAUUUUUGUAAAA